CCCGUAUCCCGGCGACAACCCCCCCCCCCCCCCUCUCCCCAACCCCCGGGGUCCACGGGCACAAUGGUGCACAGGUUCUUCUCCUGCACGGGCGCCACCCGGCCGCCGGCGCCCGAGAACGCUGACAUCACCCUCGUCUCGGGCCCUUCGUGCUGCGGGAAGACGUCGCUUCUCUUCCAGUUCGCGAUAAACCGCGCGACGGAGAGUGGACGAGGCGUGGUGUUCAUCUGCAGGAAGGGGAGACUGGAGAAUAGCCCCCCGUUCUUGUCCCAGGGUAUUGAUCUAUCACACAGCGUGCUUCAGAGAAUCCAUAUCAAAUACAUUGAAGAUGAUGAGGGCAUCAGAAAGUACUUCGCGGCAUUUCAUCUGCUUGGCAGCUUCCCUGCUGCAGUAAUUAUUGAUGAUUUUGCAGAUUUCUUCUCAGAAAGGAGCUGUCAGCAAAGAUAUGGAAAUGCUAGGGCUCGGGAUCUAGCAGUGGUUCGCAUAUUAGCUCUGUGUCAAAAUGCUGUUGCGCAUGCAAACACAAAGCUCGGAGUCCCUGGGUCUUGUAAUCUCUUGCUCUCUGAUGUUCAUCAAGGUGACACCCCAAGAUCCAUGUUCAUUUACAAGAGGUGGAUAAGUUCAAUAUAUACAAUCCAAGGUGAUGGGCAUGGAUCCUACAUACUCAAGAGCAUUAGCAGUUCAGAUUGUGGGUCCAGGGAAGGAAGAGCAGCCAAGUACUCAAUAGCACUGCAAUAUCUUGUGCUUGAACAUAUCAGCAAUGGAUAGAUCAUAUUUUCUACUGUUUGGUCCCAGUACCCAAACAUGUACAAUCAUAACCUUGGAGAAGCAGAAAAAAAGACUGUUCCAGCUAGUUUGGUAUGCACGAAGAGUAUCAAUUUCAACUGGCACAAAUGUGUUCAUUGUAAACGAGAACUGCAUCCUUAAUUGAAUGUAUGUCUAUUUAUGAAUUAGAGCCAACCCGAAAACAAGCCGCUACUGGGUGAAUAGAUUCUGUUCUUCUAGUUCAUUUUUAUCUCAGAUAAAGGGCAGUCAGAUUAAUGUAUACGAAUUUGAACUUCUGGGGAAUACAUUCGUUUGAUCUCCCAGUGAAUGUUUUCUACCAAGUAAUUUUUGCU